CGACCAUAAACUGGCGUAAUGGCUAUCAAGCUCAUUGUGCCCAUCGACGAGGCCGGGCCCUCCUCUGCCCAGAUCGCAGGGAACCAUGUCCCGCAACCCGGCGGCGUCCCCGCCCCAGACCCGAACCAGACCACCGAGCCUCGCCCGCCACCGGCCACGGACCCGGAGGGCCUAGAGUUCAACGUGCGGCCCCUGAGCAGCGCCAAGGGCAUCAUGGUCAAAGUGCAGCCGCCCAAGGCGCCCGAGGGGGUGCCGGCCGACUACCAUGUGCCCUGCGAUAUCGUCCUGGUCAUCGACGUGUCCUCGAGCAUGAACACCACGGCCGUGCCGCCCGCCAGGGAGGGCGAGGCCCCCGAGAACCACGGCUUCAGCACGCUCGACCUGGUCAAGCACGCCGCCCUCACCAUUCUGGCCACCCUGGACGGGCGGGACAGGCUUGGCAUUGUCAAGUUCAGCUCCAAGGCAAAGGUGGUGAUGGAGCUUCUGCCCAUGACCGAGGAGAACAAGGGGUUUGCCAAGAAAGAGCUCCUGAAGCUUCGACCGGACGGGCUGACUGCCAUUUGGGACGGCAUCGCCGCCGGGUUUAGCGUCUUUGAAGGGAAGCAGGAUGGCAGCAACAGGGUUCCUGCCAUCAUGUUCAUGACUGACGGCGUGCCGACCGACGAGAGCCGCCACCACAGAGGCUACGUACGCAAGCUACAAACGGUCGCCCCUUUCCCGGCCCCCAUCCACACCUUCGGCUUUGGAUAUAAUCUCCAUUCGGGUACCCUGAAGUCCAUCUCCGAGGUCACUGGUGGCCACUAUGCCUUCAUCCCCGACUGCGGAAUGAUUGGCACCGUCUUCAUCCACGCCGUCGCCAACCUACAGUCUACAUAUGCGACCGAGGCCCAGCUGAAGAUCAACUUCCCGACAACCCUGGGUCUCAAAGCAGCCAUGGGAAAGAGCCUUCAGAUCUCAACCACGGAGGAGGAGGAGGGACCUGACAGUGGACAAGAGGCCAAGCGGUCAUGCCUGACUGUCGGCCUCGGGGCCUUGCAGUUCGGAAUGUCCAAGGACCUCUAUUUUGAGCACAAUGGAGAGAUGGCUCAGCUGGAAGGCUACCUCUCGGCCGAUCAGACCGUGGCGGCCGAGCUCAGCUAUAAGACGGUGGGCGGCGAGCGCCGCACCAUGAAGUUGGACAGGAACCCGUUCCGCGCCGACGACCCGCCCGAGGCCGAGGUCGCCUACCACGUGUCCCGCUCGAUGCUCUGCAACUUCCUCUCGUCCCUCUUCCCCUUCUCGGACGACGACCAGCGCCUGCUGUACGCCUGGGGCAUCGAGAAGACGCUGUGCGAGGACCGCAUCCCCAUCGACUCGGAGAUCGCCGCGCGGCUGGACGGCGUCAAGCGGGCCAUGCCUGCGUGGGGUCGGGUUUUCGAGUGUCUGGACUGCAAGUCCCUGAUCAUGGACGUCGAGGGCCACGAGCCGAACGGCCAGGUGGGGCUGGCCCUGUCGUGCGGCGAAUACUGGGGGCGCUGGGGCGGCCACUACCUGCUUGGCCUGCUCGACGCGCACGCGCGCCAGGCCUGCAACUCGUUCAAGGACCCCGGCCCGAGCCGCUACGGGCUCGCCAGCCCCCUGUUCGCCGCCUGCCGCGACCGCCUGGACCUCGCCUUUGACGCCGUCGAGCCCCCGACGCCGUGCGAGCGGCCCCCGCCCCCGUACAGCAGCGGCGGCGGCGUCGGAGCCGUCGCCGUCAGCAGCCAUCGGCAACCGUACUCCAUGAGCAUCAUGUACAACAACGCCAGCGCGCCCUGCUUCGCCGGCGACACGCGCGUCCGCCUGGCCGGUGCCCACGCCUUCCUGGUUGCCGGGCCCGCCACCGACGCGGACUCGCCCCCGGCCGCCCUGUGGGGUGUAUGCCUCGGCCACGGCCUGGUGGGUAGGAGGAGCGGCGAGGAAGAGGAGGAGGAGGAGGAGGCGGGUGAUGUCCGGAACCACGAGUUCUGGGGCGACCACGCCCGCGUCUCUGCCGAGAUGGCGCGCCUCCCGCGGGGCGGCCGCGACGGCGUCGUGCUCUGCGGCGGCGUCAGGCGGUCUAGAGCCACGGGCAGGACGGUUGGGCUUCGGAAGCCCGGGCCGUCGCGCGGCCUGGCGAAGGCCGGGAAGGCGGCGGCUUGGAAGCUGCGAGGACGCUUUGUUAAGGCGGCAAGGUCGUCGAGGAAGGGCCUUGUGUCUGCGGUUUGAUGGGUGCUUUCUCGGGAUUGGCGUUGGUGAUAUCAUUCCCUGCCUGCGUCAUUGGCACCGGAACUUGCAUAAUGAAUGGACUGGGCCCCUUUCUUCCUCUAACCUUCACCUACAGAUAGCUACGGGCGCUUUGAGCAUUUGG